AGAAUAAUAAUGAGAGGCUAUGGAACACGUGAUAGUUAUUAAAUAAAUAUAGGGUGAUUUUUGCCAAAAACAGUAGUCUUGCUUUGGUCGCUUUCAGAGUUUAUCAGUUUCAAUUAUUUCUGACUAGUCGUUUUCUUUCAAAAAAGCAAAAAUGCCGCAGAAUAUGACAGAAGAGGAAAUGAAGAAGGAAUCCUGCGUCCUUCUUUUAUUUGUUAGAGGUCGCCCAUUCCCCGGUAGCCGAUGGUUUUACAAGGAAAUCAUUGAGGAGGCCUUGGACUUCAAACCUCGAGACACAGAUAUUCUAAUCAGCACUUUCCCAAAAUGUGGUACCAAUUGGAUGAAGUACAUCGUGCACACAAUCAUCACGCGUGGCAACAAGCCUCUGGAAUCCUCUCACCAACUUACUUAUGAAGCUGUUCCCUUUAUGGAUAUUAGUGGCAUGGAUGCCGUUAAUGCCCUGCCUGAUCCUAGACCCCUUCACUACCACCUUCCAUAUGAUCUUAUUCCUAAAAACCCCAAGGCUAAAUACAUUUAUAUCUUCAGAAAUCCCAAGGACACUGUUGUCUCUUUCUACCAUUUCACCAAACAGACCGAUGUGCUGGACAUUACUUUCGACGAGUAUUUCGAAACCUUUAUGAAAGGCUUGGUAGCUUAUGGUGAUUAUUUUGAUCAUGUUUUAUCUUGGUAUGAACACAGGAAUGAUCCAAACGUUCUGUUCCUGUCUUACGAGCAACUCCAUGCCAAUACCAAAGAGCAAGUGCUGCGUAUUGCCAAGUUUAUUGGCGAGGAAUACUAUAACGAAUUGAUCAGCGACAAAGCAUUAGCUGAUAAAGUCCUGCAUUUAAUCAGUUUUGAUAGCAUGAAGAAGACCCUGAUGAAAGAAGCUCCAGGCAAAACUGAAUAUGAUCUAGAAUCCAAUGUCAUUGACACACCAUUCCAAACCCCAGGGCCCAGAUAUGAGGUGAAAUAUCUGAGAUAUUUCAGGAAAGGUAUCGUUGGAGAUUGGAAGAAUCAUCUGUCACCUGAGCAGAACCGUCGAAUGGAUGAGCGCAUACAGGAGAAAUUCGGAGGUACUGAAAUCAUUGACAUGCUAAAAGCAAAAAAGGACUGGCUAUGAAUGUUCAUAGUAGGGAUAAAUAUAUGUUAAGAAAAAGAAAGGGGGAGUUGUCAAGAGAAUUUUUCUUAAACAUCAUUUUUUAUAUGUUGGUAAUUUACCUUUUCUACCUUGCUAAAAUUUUAUAAAGGUAAAUGCUGUCAAAUAUUAAAUGUUAAGAAAGCACAACAUGAAGUUGUGCAAAACAUAUUUCUUUAGCAAAUGAAAAAUUUGAAUUUAAAAACUUGGCAACAAGUAUAAGAAAGGGAAAAAUGACUUUUAAACCAAAAUACUGUAAUGAUAUCAAUAAAUUUUAGAAAUAUAAAAAAAAAUUGAUUAAUUAAUCAUAAAAGAAAAAAAUUAAAUUCCAUAUCACAAUACCAUGAUUCUUCAUUAUUUAAUCCAUACCAAAAAUAAAUUAAAUUUUUUACAUAAUAAUGUACAUUUUUUCUUAUUAAUUUUGAUUAUUAUUUUUUUAUGAAUUUAAGCAUAUUUUAAGGAAAAAUACUGACACGCUCAGUUUAAAAACCAAGAUUUAAGAAUAUGGCUGCCUUAACUUGUAAUUUGAACAGCAGGAAGAUACUGCAUAAUAUUAUUUGAUGUUAUACAAUAUCAACGAUAUUAUGCAAUAUCUUGUACUACUUUGGAGGUGGAAGAAAAGUUUAUUUAUUAUGCUUUAAAGUUUUAAGCAAGUUAUGCCUUAAUGUAUAUAAGAGGCUUAAAUGCUUGCUAAUUAGAAUAAUGCACACUUAAUCUGGCAAUUAGAAAAAGCAUUUGUAAAAAUCUAUUGAUUGCCAUGAAAGUUUAUGUAUUUUUACAUUUUUGUUUUGAUAUAUAAAAUGAUUAUAGAAUAUUAAACAUUUCAAUUUUUAGAAUUGUUCUUAACUAAUGUUGGUGUCAAUGUUUGAGUUUAUUUCCAACAAUGUUGAUAUUAAAUUUUUGUUAUAUUUUGUAGUUUGUAGAUGUAUUGUGCUUUUGACAUGAAAUGAAUUUAUGAAAUUUUUUAUGCAAUAAAAAAAUGUGAUUAAACUCAGGUUUUAA